CCUGUUGGCUGCAAGUUGUGCCCCCAGGACUGGCAGCUCCAUGGAGGGAGAUGCUACUGGCUCUCCAAGGAAUCGGGAAACUGGACUCGGGGCAGGAAAAGCUGCAAAGAUCAGGGCUCUGAGCUGGUGGUGCUCAAGAACGAGACAGAAAUGGAGAACGUCGAGAGUGUCACAGGCAGGAUCUCGCAGUCGGUGUGGGUCGGGUUGAGGUCACGGCAGAAGGAGUGGACGUGGGUGGAUGACACCCCCUAUGACCCCCACAGGUUUGGGGUCCUGCAGGAGCCAGACAAAGGCUUCUGUGGGACCCUGAAAGGCAAGAGCUUGGAGGUUGAUGGCUGUGACAGUGACCACAAGUGGGUUUGCCAAAAAGCCCCUUUCCAGCUCUCCUCGCCCACGGUUGGGAAGUUGGGAUGA